GGUAACCUGUGGAAAAAGCCUCCCGCGGGUUCCCCUUCCGUUCUGCCAGGCGACUUCCGCCCCAGGCCCCGCAACACGGUUGCUGUAGCCCACCCGCCGGGCGGCCGCUGAACAGUCUCUGAAGCUCGUUCCGUCGAGCGGCGGCCGACCCGCCUCUCCAUCCUCCUGUCCCGCCCGCGCUCGCCUCCUCGCGGCCGGCCGGCCCGGCUCUACAUGGGGGCGGGCCUCCGCAGCCCGGACUCGGCUUCCUGUUCGACAGAGGGGGCCUGGCGCUAGGCGGCGGCUACUUAGCCCGCGCCCGCCUCGGUGCGGUCACCGACCCCGGGAGGAGGCUCCAGGGCCGCUUCUCGGGCGGUUGCGCCAAGCCAGGCUCUGCGCCGCCAUGGCCCCAGUGCAGCUGGAGAACCACCAGCUGAUCCCUCCGGGCGGCAGCGGCUCGGCGGCAGCCCCGGCUCCUCCGCCGCCAGGAUCCACGGUGGCGGCAGCUGCGGCCGCAGCUAGCCCUGGGUACCGGCUUAGCACGCUCAUCGAAUUUCUUCUGCACCGGGCCUACUCGGAGCUCUUGGUGUUGACGGACUUAUUACCAAGGAAAUCUGAUGUGGAAAGGAAAAUAGAAAUUGUACAGUUUGCUAGCCGGACACGUCAACUCUUCGUUCGAUUAUUAGCUUUAGUAAAAUGGGCUAAUGAUGCUGGCAAAGUAGAAAAGUGUGCGAUGAUCUCAAGCUUUUUAGAUCAGCAAGCUAUCUUGUUUGUGGACACCGCUGAUCGCUUGGCCUCCUUAGCUAGAGAUGCUCUGGUCCAUGCACGCCUGCCUAGUUUUGCUAUCCCAUAUGCCAUUGAUGUGCUGACUACUGGCUCUUAUCCACGACUUCCAACCUGCAUCAGGGAUAAAAUUAUUCCUCCAGACCCAAUUACCAAAAUUGAGAAACAAGCCACACUUCAUCAACUUAAUCAGAUUCUUAGACAUAGGCUUGUAACAACAGAUCUUCCUCCACAGCUAGCAAAUCUUACAGUGGCAAAUGGCCGCGUGAAGUUUCGAGUUGAAGGAGAAUUUGAAGCAACCUUGACAGUAAUGGGUGAUGAUCCAGAAGUUCCAUGGCGCCUUCUCAAGCUAGAAAUUCUAGUUGAGGAUAAGGAAACAGGAGAUGGCCGAGCUUUGGUUCAUAGCAUGCAAAUCGACUUUAUCCAUCAGUUGGUGCAGUCUAGGCUCUUUGCUGAUGAGAAACCUCUUCAGGACAUGUACAACUGCCUACAUUGUUUCUGCUUAUCUCUUCAAUUAGAAGUGUUACAUUCCCAGACUCUGAUGUUAAUCCGAGAGAGAUGGGGUGACCUUGUACAAGUGGAAAGGUAUCACGCUGGAAAGUGCCUCUCUCUCUCAGUUUGGAAUCAACAGGUUCUAGGGAGAAAAACAGGCACAGCAUCUGUUCACAAAGUUACAAUUAAAAUUGAUGAAAAUGAUGUCUCCAAGCCUUUACAGAUUUUUCAUGAUCCUCCUUUGCCAUCUUCUGAUUCUAAAUUAGUAGAAAGAGCUAUGAAGAUUGACCACUUAUCAAUAGAAAAGCUCCUGAUUGAUAGUGUACAUGCAAGAGCCCAUCAGAAGCUGCAGGAACUGAAGGCCAUUCUUAGAAGCUUCAAUGCUAAUGAAAAUUCCUCCAUAGAGACUGCGCUUCCAGCUCUUAUUGUUCCCAUAUUGGAGCCCUGUGGUACUUCGGAGUGCCUACACAUUUUUGUAGAUUUGCAUUCUGGAAUGUUCCAAUUGAUGCUUUAUGGACUUGACCAGGCCACUCUGGAGGACAUGGAAAAAUCUGUGAAUGACGAUAUGAAGCGGAUCAUCCCUUGGAUUCAGCAACUUAAGUUUUGGCUUGGACAACAGCGUUGCAAGCAUUCUAUAAAACAUCUGCCUACAAUAACCACUGAAACGUUGUAUCUUUCCAACUAUUCAACGCAUCCCAUUGGAAACCUUUCUAAGAAUAAGCUAUUUAUUAAGCUUACCCGCCUUCCACAGUACUACAUUGUUGUGGAAAUGCUUGAGGUUCCCAAUAAACCCACUCAACUAUCGUACAAGUACUACUUCAUGUCUGUGAGUAGUCCAGAUCGUGAAGACAGCCCUGUCAAGGCACUGCUGCUGCAGCAAUUCAAGGACAACAUCCAGGACUUGAUUUCCUAUACAAAGACUGGGAAACAGACCGGAACUGGUACCAAGCACAAGUUGUCUGAUGACCCAUGUCCAGUAGAAUGCAAGAAAGCCAAACGAACAGGAGAAAUGUGUGCCUUCAAUAAAGUUCUAGCUCAUUUUGUCGCUAUGUGUGACACCAACAUGCCAUUUGUAGGACUUCGAUUGGAGUUGUCCAACCUGGAGAUACCCCAUCAAGGAGUGCAAGUGGAAGGUGAUGGCUUCAGCCAUGCAAUUCGCUUACUAAAAAUUCCUCCCUGUAAGGGAGUAAAUGAGGAAACCCAAAAGGCCCUGGACCGCUCUCUUCUUGAUUGCACUUUCCGAUUACAAGGUAGAAAUAACCGCACAUGGGUGGCAGAAUUAGUGUUUGCAAACUGUCCGCUUAAUGGCACUUCUACCAGGGAGCAAGGACCAUCUCGGCAUGUUUACCUAACGUAUGAAAAUCUGUUGUCCGAACCUGUUGGUGGUAGAAAAGUAGUUGAAAUGUUUCUUAAUGACUGGAGUAGCAUUGCCCGAUUAUAUGAGUGUGUGUUGGAGUUUGCACGUUCUCUACCAGACAUACCUGCUCAUCUGAAUAUUUUCUCCGAAGUUCGUGUUUAUAAUUAUCGAAAACUUACCUUGUGUUAUGGAACCACCAAAGGAAGCUCAAUUAGUAUCCAGUGGAAUUCUAUUCAUCAGAAAUUUCACAUUUCUUUGGGAACAGUUGGCCCAAACUCAGGUUGCAGUAACUGUCACAAUACCAUUCUCCAUCAACUUCAAGAAAUGUUCAACAAAACACCAAAUGUGGUUCAGUUGUUACAGGUGUUGUUUGAUACUCAGGCACCAUUAAAUGCCAUCAACAAACUCCCUACUGUGCCAAUGUUGGGCUUGACUCAGAGAACUAACACUGCCUACCAGUGUUUCUCCAUUCUACCGCAGUCAUCCACCCACAUCAGACUGGCCUUCAGGAACAUGUACUGCAUUGAUAUAUACUGCCGUAGUCGUGGUGUUGUGGCAAUACGGGAUGGUGCUUAUAGUCUUUUUGAUAACAGCAAGUUAGUUGAAGGUUUCUAUCCUGCACCAGGAUUGAAGACAUUCCUGAACAUGUUUGUUGACAGCAAUCAGGAUGCUCGGAGAAGAUCUAUAAACGAGGAUGAUAACCCCCCUUCUCCUAUAGGAGGUGAUAUGAUGGACUCUUUAAUAUCACAGCUCCAGCCACCUCAGCAACAGCCAUUUCCAAAGCAGCCAGGAACUUCAGGUGCUUACCCUCUUACUUCACCUCCUGCGUCCUAUCACAACACAGUUAAUCAGUCCCCCUCUAUGAUUCACACACAGUCUCCAGGAAAUCUGCAUGCUGCCAGCUCCCCCAGUGGGGCUUUGCGAGCCCCAUCACCAGCGUCAUUUGUUCCAACUCCUCCCCCAUCCUCGCAUGGAAUCUCAAUAGGACCAGGGGCCAGUUUUGCUAGUCCACAUGGAACCCUUGACCCUAGUUCUCCAUACACUAUGGUGUCACCAAGUGGACGAGCAGGAAACUGGCCUGGGUCUCCUCAAGUGUCUGGACCCUCACCAGCAACCCGUUUGCCUGGAAUGUCACCAGUCAACCCCUCUCUACAUUCUCCUGUUCCAGAUGCUUCUCAUUCCCCCCGAGCUGGCACAAGUUCCCAGACAAUGCCAACCAACAUGCCUCCACCUCGCAAACUACCUCAGCGCUCCUGGGCAGCAUCCAUACCCACCAUCCUCACUCAUAGUGCCUUGAACAUCUUACUAUUACCCUCUCCAACUCCGGGCCUUGUGCCUGGCCUGGCAGGCAGUUAUCUUUGUUCCCCACUUGAGAGAUUCCUUGGAUCUGUCAUCAUGAGACGACACCUUCAAAGAAUUAUUCAACAGGAAACGUUGCAACUGAUCAAUUCCAAUGAACCUGGUGUAAUCAUGUUCAAGACAGAUGCCCUGAAAUGCAGAGUAGCUCUUAGUCCCAAAACCAACCAGACCCUUCAGCUAAAAGUAACACCUGAAAAUGCAGGACAGUGGAAACCUGAUGAGCUUCAAGUUUUGGAGAAAUUCUUCGAAACAAGAGUUGCAGGACCACCAUUUAAAGCCAACACACUUAUAGCCUUCACCAAGCUGUUGGGAGCACCAACACACAUCCUCCGCGACUGUGUGCAUAUUAUGAAGUUGGAGCUGUUCCCAGACCAAGCAACCCAGCUAAAAUGGAAUGUUCAGUUUUGCCUCACCAUCCCUCCCAGCGCACCACCAAUUGCACCUCCUGGGACACCAGCUGUGGUGUUGAAAUCCAAAAUGCUGUUUUUUCUUCAGCUAACUCAGAAAACAUCAGUCCCUCCCCAAGAACCUGUUAGUAUAAUAGUUCCCAUCAUUUAUGACAUGGCUUCAGGUACCACCCAGCAGGCAGACAUUCCCAGACAGCAGAACUCUUCUGUUGCUGCGCCCAUGAUGGUCAGCAACAUUCUGAAGAGGUUUGCAGAGAUGAACCCACCACGACAAGGUACAUGAGCAGUAGAUGGUAUUUUAUUGCGUAUAUGUUAUAAGGAUUCCUUUGAGAGAGACCUGCCUCUGCUUUCCUCCUCUUUUCCCUCCUUCCCUCCUCUGCACCCCAAUCCUAGUACUAGCGCUCUGUUGCCAUGGCCCUCUUAGUGUCUGCUUGUCGCUUUCUUUCUUUCUCACUGGCUCUUCAUUUUUGUCCAUUUCUUUGCUGCCUGAACUUCAUUUUUGUUAGCAAUUUACUAUUGGGACUGAGCUGGUUGCUAAUGCCAGAAGCUUGUAUUUAUAGCACACAUUGCCACAAAGCCCUAGGUUAGGAUGAUAGAUUUUCUGUGGCUGUGAAUUCCUGCCUUGCCAUCAAUACCUGCCACUCUGUACAUCACAAAGUUGAAAUGCAUGUUGGUUUCUCAUACUUCAUGGUUCGAUCAUGAACAAAAUACUAUUAUUAAAAGUUGUGUAUCUUCUAAAUGUUUUGUGAAGAAUAAAAGCUGAUACAAAUGGCAUCACGGCUUUUUGGGCUUCUUAUGUAAGUGUCAGGUGGGUGCAAGUGAGCCUUUUCCCUGAGUGCACAAUGAAGCUCUGAGACUGGACAUUUCUGAAAAAAAAAAAAAAGCAGAGUGUUUCUUGAAAGAUAAAUAAGGUUGCUUCGAUGCUGGAGUAGCC